CUCCCGUCUCUGUCGCUUCCCACUUCCCUCACUCCUUAAUCUGGAUGGGAAGUUGGGGAAAAUGGACAGGGUCGUGCUGGCGUGGGUUGCUCUCUUCUGGCUAACAGCCAUAGCUGGAGGCCUUCAGGUCACAGUGCCCGACAAGAAGAAGGUGGCCAUGCUCUUCCAGCCCACUGUGCUUCGCUGCCACUUCUCCACGUCUUCCCAUCAGCCUGCAGUCGUGCAGUGGAAAUUCAAGUCCUACUGCCAGGAUCGCAUGGGGGAAUCCUUGGGCAUGUCUUCUCCCCGGGCCCAAUCUCUCAGCAAAAGAAACCUGGAAUGGGACCCCUACUUGGAUUGUUUAGACAGUAGGAGGACUGUUCGAGUGGUAGCUUCCAAACAGGGCUCGACCGUGACCCUGGGAGAUUUCUACAGGGGCAGAGAGAUCACAAUUGUUCAUGAUGCAGAUCUUCAAAUUGGAAAACUCAUGUGGGGAGACAGCGGACUCUAUUACUGUAUCAUCACCACCCCUGAUGACCUGGAGGGCAAGAACGAGGACUCGGUGGAACUGCUGGUGUUGGGCAGGACAGGGCUGCUUGCUGAUCUCUUGCCCAGUUUUGCUGUGGAGAUUAUGCCAGAGUGGGUGUUUGUUGGCCUGGUGACCCUGGGAGUCUUCCUCUUCUUCGUCCUGGUGGGGAUCUGCUGGUGCCAGUGCUGUCCUCACAGCUGCUGUUGCUACAUCCGCUGCCCAUGUUGCCCAGAUUCCUGCUGCUGCCCGCAGGCCUUGUAUGAAGCAGGGAAAGCAGCAAAGGCCGGGUACCCUCCCUCUGUCUCCGGUGUCCCCGGCCCUUACUCCAUCCCCUCUGUCCCCUUGGGAGGAGCCCCCGCAUCUGGCGUGCUGAUGGACAAGCCGCAUCCACCUCCCCUGGCACCAAGUGACUCCACUGGAGGAAGCCACAGUGUUCGCAAAGGUUACCGGAUCCAAGCUGACAAAGAGAGAGACUCCAUGAAGGUCCUAUACUAUGUCGAGAAGGAGCUGGCUCAGUUUGAUCCAGCCAGAAGGAUGAGAGGCAGAUAUAACAACACCAUCUCGGAACUCAGCUCCCUGCAUGAGGAAGACAGCAGUUUCCGCCAGUCUUACCAUCAGAUGCGAAGCAAACAGUUCCCUGUGUCUGGGGACUUGGAAAGCAAUCCUGACUACUGGUCAGGUGUCAUGCGAGGCAGCAGCGGGCCAAGCCGGGGGCCCUCGGCCAUGGAGUAUAACAAAGAGGAUCUGGAGAGCUUCGGGCAUAGCCAGCAGCGCUCCAAAUCCGAGAUGCUGUCGCGGAAGAACUUCGCCACCGGGGUACCGGCCGUCUCCAUGGACGAGCUGGCGGCCUUCGCUGACUCCUACGGCCCGCGGUCCCGCAGGGCGGACGGCAACAACCACGAGGCCCGGGGCGGGAGCCGCUUCGAGCGCUCAGAGGCGCGGGCGCACGGGGGCUUCUACCAGGACGGCUCGCUGGAAGAGUACUACGGACAGCGGAGCCGCAGCCGGGAGCCCCUGACCGACGCGGACCGCGGCUGGUCCUACAGCCCCCCGCGCCGGCGGCCGCCCGACGACGCACACCUGCCCCGCCUGGUGAGCCGCACGCCGGGCGCCGUGCCCAAGUACGACCACUCGUUCCGGGGCGCCGGGGUGGAGCGGCAGGCGCUGCCUGAGGGCGCCAGCCGCGGCGGCAGCCUCGAGACGCCGUCCAAGCUGAGCGCGCAGCUCGGCCCGCGCAGCGCCUCCUACUACGCCUGGUCGCCGCCGUCCACCUACAAGGAGGGAACGCCGCAGGGCGAAGAGGAGGACGCGCCCGACGACGCGCUGCCUCCCUACAGCGAGCGCGAGCUCAGCCGGGGCCCGUCCUACCGCGGCCGUGACCUGCCCUACCACAGCAACUCGGAGAAGAGGAGGAAGAAGGAACCCGCCAAGAAGACGAGUGACUUUCCAACCAGGAUGUCCCUUGUGGUCUGAUGUUUGUUUUCAAGACGAAUCUCUGGAUGACUAGAAAUCAGAAGCAGAAUACGGGAACAAGACACAAAUCCAAGAAGCAGCAGGCCCGGGACCUUCUCUGGCCACCACCUUGGAAGAUUUGCUGAUCUUUGCUUUAGCAAGGGAUGGGGGGCAGCCUUUCAGGAAGGCUGAUUGCAAACCUCAGUGCCCAUCUAACUAGUCUGAGAAACUUAUCAAGAAAACAACUACGUGUGAGCACAUUCCCACACAUGGAGUUUCUCACCCACAGAGUUCAUCCUGCCCAGUCUCCUUCCUUAGCCAAACCAGGAUUCCUUUUCCAAUUCUAAAAGGGAGUUAGCUCUGGACUGCUAACUUCCAGAAAAUGCCUAUGCCUACAGUCUUCUUUUCUAUACCUCCUGUGCUGUGCUUAGAGACAGAAUUGAUUACUACUAUUAGAAGGAAUUCACUGACAGCAGAAGAUAGCUUCAGACAAAAUAUACCUUUUAGCCCCAUUACCUCCCAGUCACUAGUCAAUGACUGUUGUUACACUGAAAUCAGGCCCGUGGUGAGCUCAGUGACAGUGACCUGUGGGACAAUCACAGAAAUGGCUUCAGUGUACUGUUCGAAUGACAGUUCUUGAGUGGCUGGAACAAAGCAAGAGCUGUCGAAGUGGUAUUUCUUCUUCCAUCCUGAGAACAUAAACUGCGUUUUCUCUUUUGGCACAGCAACGUCUGAGUCUUGGACAUCAAGGGCUCUGCCUGUCCUCCCCUCUCCUGGACUCUCCACAGGUUUUGGUGCCACACACAGAGCCCUGCCUCCCUCUGCACUCUGAUUAGGUUGUCAUCAGGUGCCUUUUGAUAAAUGAUUAAAAUAUACACAUGAGGGCUUCCCUGGUGGCACAGUGGUUGAGAGUCCGCCUGCUGAUGCAGGGGACACGGGUUUGUGCCCCUGUCCGGGAAGAUCCCACAUGCUGUGGAGCGGCUGGGCCCGUGAGCCAUGGCCGCUGAGCCUGCGCGUCCGGAGCCUGUGCUCCACAACGGAAGAGGCCACAACAGUGAGAGGCCUGCGUACCACCAAAAAAAUAAUAAAAAAUAAAAAAAUAAAAUAAAGUAUACACAUGAAAGAGAAGAGGGAGAAAAAGAGGAGAAGACCGUAAUGCAAAAUAGAGAAGACUGAGAAGGAAUCUAAGAAGAAAAGAAUAUAUUGUCUCCUUAUAAUUUGAAUAUGGGCCAUUUCCCCCACAGACUCCCCUGGAUCUUCUGUGUGUCUUAUACUUUGUUUACCAUGAGUUGUUCCUGCCAUCCCAGCUUCGUCAUUCCAGGACACCUGAGUGUGGGACAGGCAUCCCUGGGCCUCACCAGGCUGCCACUCUAGAUGCUCUUGGGAGAUGAGAGAUAUUAUCCUUCCUUUCUCAAGAAGGAACACUUCCUACUCCCACCCUUGCCUAAAUGAUAGAUUUUGCCUAAAUCCCAAAGCUAGAUCUCUCUGGAUUUUGUAAUUUGUACAGAUUGUGAAAAAUGGCCACUCUUCCCUUUUCAUCAAGAGGUGCAGUCUGUUUCUCAACCCCUUGAAUCUGGGACUGUCCAUGUGAUUUGAUUUGGCCAGUGGCCCAAUAACAGAUGUGACACAAGCAGAGACUUGACAAGUUCUUGUGCAUGGGGCUUGUCCUCUCUUGCUGCUCUUGGGAAACUUGCAGCCACCACCAGGUGCAUGAGCCUGGGCUAGCCUGCCACAUGAUGAGAGAAGGGGGCCCAGUUACCCCCAUCACCCUAACUGGCAGCCUAUCAACUCUCAACUGAUUGCAAACACAUGAGGAAGCCCAGCCGAGACCAACAGAAGAACUGCCUACCUGAGCCCAGCCCACAUUGCUGAUUCCUACUCAAGGCAUGAGAAGUUGGUGCACUCUUUAAAUGUUCAUUUCUCUUCAAGGAAAACCUGGCUUUUUCUUCUUGUCUGAAUGUUUAGCCCUAAAACCCUGACUCCAUCUAACCUUAGGUAUCUCUCAGUCUCCACUUUCUUUGACAGACCUUCGUCAAAGCUCUUCAUCCCACACUUUUAUGGUGGGAUACAUGGUUGGGUCAAAUCACUGGAGGACGAUGAUGCUUGGCGCUAUCCCUCUGCUCCCGGCAGCGGUCCAUCCUCUCUCUAUGGCUCCAUGGACAACCUCUGAAAAAGGCUUCUUCUUCAGCAUCUCCUCGGUCUCUCCAGAACUGUCUGACUGGAGCUAGGCCCUUUUCUCAGAGUACCAUUCCUCUGGUAUCCAUUUAAUUCAUGGCAUUUCCAAACCAGUCCUAUGUGUGCAAGGAAAUAAAGAAGUGGCUAGGUGAGGGUCAGAAGGGUGAGUUGUUAUCAUUGCCUGGGGGAGAACUGGCCCUGCCAAAGGACUUCACAGUGGCCUUGGCCUGUGUGAGCGGAGCCAGAACAGUUCAGCCCAGUGCUGGCACUUCCAAGGGCUGGAAGACACAAGCCAUAACCCUGGUGCUGAGUUUUAGACUUGCUGGUGUCCCUGGCCUCUGAAAGCUUUAGCUCUAGUCUGUCUUUUUGGGCCCCGAUUCCGAUGGAAAAGAUGAUUAAAACAUCGUUCCUUAGUCACCAGCUUUGGAUUUCAACUUGCUCAGGCAAUUUUAGAGAAUCUUGGGUAGCUGCGGUAGCUACUCUCUCGUUAUACUGAGCACUGUGUCAGGCUAUUCACCACCAAAGAGCCCCAUAGCACCAGCCGCAGAGACCAAAAAUACUGCUUUUAUUAGUCAGGGGCAUGUACGAUUUUGGUGAACGUUGAAGGGAGCCAUGGGAAAGAAUUAUUAAAAUUGGAAACGUGCAGUCCCCAAACAACAGAACUACAGACAGACAAUAAAAAAUACAAAGAUGAUAACAGGUUACUGAAAUAACCUGGGGAGAUGGGACCAGGUUGUCCUCUGAAGGGCUGCAUAAAUCACUCGGACCUCCAGGCCUCCAGUCGAGAGAGAAAACAGUCAUUUCUGGGUACGUGGCCAGGAGAUAAGGUUGACUGGACAAGUAAAGGCAAACUGGCCAUCCUCGGCACCCCAGCUUUUCUCAACACAUCCUUCUGUUUAUUCUCCCCUAAAUAGUCUGUCCUGCAUAGGAAGUGCUUAUACAUGUGAGCUUCCUUCCUAGGUGUUAUUGGGGGUACAAGAUAAGACUUGUGUAAGACUUGGUCUCCAUCCAUGGGGACCCUGCCAUUGAAUAGGGGGAAUAAGACAUGCCCAAGAAAGAACUGGGAGAUUUUAUGCAUAUAAUAUGAAAUAUUGCUAUGGAUAAAUUACAACAAACCCAGAGAAUUAAAGGUUUUUAAUUUAAAUGGG